GGGCGACAUUUCCCCAUUCCACCGCUCGUACACUACGUCUGGAAAAAAAUGGCGAACUGUGAACAGCCGUGAACACCUCAAUUGUUUGAGCAGGGCGAAGGCGACGUCGCUCGACGGUUUCGUCUCCUCGGAGCUAGCCUGUCGUCCUCGAAAGGACGGCCGGGUGCCGCAGGAGCGAGCUGAGGCUGGAGCCUCGGGGGACCGGUCGGACAUGAACGGGGAAAUCACAUGCAGUCAACCCUGCGUUGUCCCCGCUUCAAGUUGUCCUCAGUCGGCGUCUCCGGUUCACGAUGACGAGAUGACCAAGCAGGAGGGAAGAACUACUUCCCAGGGUUGCCAGAGGAACGACGUCCACAAGCCGGGAGAAGGCCGAACCGCAAACGGCAUCGGCCCGGCCGCGAAAGGCCGCAGCUCCUCGCACGCGGCGAGGCAGCUUUCCUCUCGCCGGUCAGAUGAAUGCACAUCACCUGGGCAGCUUCAAUGUCACCUUCAGCCCGCCGCGGGGAGACCCACGCAGCACGGCGCCGCUCCUUUGCACAGCAGCAACCGGACCGCAGCUGCGCCCCGCCGCAAGCGGCAAAAGCCAGCCGCGCCCAAAACUGCUCGAGGGAAAAACGGCCAGAACCACAAAGUUACCGACUUCUUCCCGAUAAGGCGCAGCUCGCGAAAAAGCAAAACGGAACUCAAGUGCGAACAGAAGCACCUCAUCGACCACCUCAUCGCAAACGGGAUCGAGGAAGGAAUGCAAGUGCGGCACAUGGAGGGGAAGGGCCGGGCGGUGUUCACCUCGCGACGCUUCCGGAAAGGCGAGUUCGUGGUGGAGUACCACGGCGAUCUCCUGGAAACGGCCGAGGCCAAAAAGCGGGAGGCGGAGUACGCCCAGAACCCGGAGACGGGCUGCUACAUGUACUACUUCCAGUACCUUUGCAAAGCUUACUGCGUGGACGCCACCAAAGAGACGGGUCGCCUGGGGCGUCUGAUCAAUCACAGCAAGAGCGGCAACCUGCAGACCAAGCUCCACGACGUGGGCGGGGCGCCGCACCUCAUCCUGGUGGCGUCGCGGGACAUCGACGAGGGCGAGGAGCUGCUGUACGACUACGGCGACCGGAGCAAGGCGUCCAUCGCCGCCCACCCGUGGCUCAAACACUAACUUAUUUAUUAUAAACACUACUCCCAGAAAAAUAUGUAGAAAAGGUCAAAUUAAGUUCACACGCAACCGUCGCAGUCCUCGAUAUUGGGAGGUAAAUAUGUGCCGCCGGGAUUGGAAUUUGAAAUGUAAAGUCAUCACAUUUUCAAUCAUAUUUUUAAUGUAACUUUUCAAUGUUAAUAUUUCAAUUUGCAACAAUUCGCUGUCGAGAAUUCACCGUCUGUGCCACCGGGCAGGGUUGCUUCAGGUCAGAACCGAACAGCCAGCCAAUCCAGUUACGCUUUCUUAGUAUGUGAUGUCAUGUGACAGAAAGCGUAAACUGGGAUUGGCUGGCUGUUCGGUUCUGACAGGAACUAACCCUGCCCGGUGGCACAGCCGGUGAAUUCUCGACAGCGAAUUGUUGCAAAUUGAAAUAUUAACAUUGAAAAGUUACAUUAAAAUAUGAUUGAAAAUGUGAUGACUUUACAUUUCAAAUUCUGUUUUCUGUGGCAUUUCAAAUUCAAAAUCCCGGUGGCGCAUAUUUAUUUCCAUAUCGCUAAAUCCUGAAAUUUCACCCCCAAGCCCAAUUAUCGCAAACUUUUUGGGAGAAGUGCUUAUUUUUUAUUUUUAUUUUUUUUUUUUGGGGGGCACAUUUUCUACAGCUGGUACACGUGGGUAUACUUCUGCAGGUUGGUGGAUUUUUAUACUAUGGAAAUAAUUUAGUGUCACCGGGAUUUGAAUUUGAAACGCCACAGAAAAGACAAUUUUAAUAUGAAAUAUAAAGUGAUCGGCUGUGCCACCAGGCACAACAGCCAGCCAAUCACAGUUACCCUUUCUUAGUCAUGGACGGCACGUAGGAAGAAAGCUUAACUGCGAUUGGCUGGCUGUUCGGUUCUGACCUGAAGUAACCCCUCCUGGUGGCACAGACAGUGAAUUUCAGACAGCAAAUUGUAGCAACUAUUGAAAAUGUGAUGACUUUACAUUUCAUAUUCAAAUCGUGUUUUCUGUGGCAUUUCAAAUUCAAAUCCUGGUGCCACAUAUUCCAUAUUUUCCCCUCUUUACUACUCACUGCACUAGUUUUUUUUAAAGGACACUGAAUUCAAUCAAGGACGUUCUCCACAAGGGUAUCACAGAUCAAUUUUGGGAAUUAUUAUUAUUUUUUGCUAUUUUUCUACAGUUAUAUGAAUUGCAAGCAUUUUUAGAGGGUCUUUUUUUUUUUUUUGACAAGUUGGGAACAUUUUACACUCGGGCCACACUGAAAAUAAAAUAAAUUAUUCUAC